CAUCUCAAAGGCGGCACGAGCGGUGAGAUGCCAGCUGGCCCGUCUGCAUUAUUGCCUCUCGGGUGGUCACGAUGCUCGCAAGAACAACACACACGGCAUGCAUCAAGGCGAAUCAUGGCUCGCUGCAUCUUGCCGCCUACAGCUGCAGGCGGGCAUUCCAUAAGAAGCCCUUCUCCGCCGCCGCCGCUGCCGCCCUCACUGCUACCGGCACCUAGAAUCCAUGGACCCUGAGACCGCACCCAGCUGUGCCAUCUGCGGCAACCCAGCACCUCAAGAAUGCCAGUGUGAAGCAGAGAGACUUCAGAUCGCCCUGCAGCAGGCCGAGCACCGCGCUAUGGACGCGCGCCAGGCCGAGAUCCGAGACUGGGUUGUCAACCACGCUCGCACCCACAUUCUUCAUGCCUUCGAGCGCCUGAAGUCCGCUCGGAAAUAUGCCCAUAAUGCCUAUCUCUCGUCUCUUCCCUACUAUUCCAUUUACGUGCAAUACCGUGGCCAGCCUCCACUCCACCCCGCCGCGCUGCACCAGCUCAAAGCUCAAAUCAUCGAUGCCGACGCCGAGUUAAAGCGUGGUGUGGACGCCGACUGGCGUGCCUCUGUUCUACGCUACCCGGAAGUGUUAGAUUACUUUUACGGCCUUGUGGAUCUACAUCUCCCCAGCGAGAGGGACCCAAGCGUAGCAUCGCCACCUUUCGCACUGGCUGGAUAUGUGGAUCGGGGCUUCGAGGGCGGGAGGCGAGAAAAGGGCACCAAAAAGGGCAGGACUGGACGAGAAGACACUCCAACAUCGAUGCCAACGAGUGAGAGGCCCAGGGACCGACGCAGAGACUCUGGAGGAUACGGCCCAACCGGAAUUGUCAGAUCAAAAGGACCGCCAAUGGCUCCCACGCCCCCGGUCAUGCCGCCGUAUGCACCAGGAUUCAGUGGCGGAGGCUACUUUGGUUGAGAUCAAACCUAGGGCCACUGCUAGCUAUAGCAGUGCGCCAGGAAGGCGUUGCCAUCGUAGCACGUGACAGCGGUCUCCUUGGAUCAUAGCACGAUGCCACAUCUAAGGCAUAUCCCCACUAGUACUGUUGCUGCAGAAAGAUUGAGUCUUCUGCAUUGAAAUUCUUGGGGACAGGCUUAGAAGAUCCGCUCCAAAGGGCACGCUGUGGAAACGGUUUAUUUUGUAAUCGACCUAGCCAUUAAUGGCAGGAUUUGGGCCCUGUGCAUACAAAUCUCAAGUUUCAAAUGAUUGAUACUGACGCACGUUCAGUCUUACCCAAC